AUGACAAGGCUAACUGUCAAGUUCAGGGCCCAGAAUUUGGGUAAAGAAAGGGCAGAAGCUUUACCUGAGCAAGACCCUGGUUUGAAGGCAAAGAGGGGUAAAGCGGCGGCCACUUACGACUCUGCUGAGGAGGCGACUUUUCUGAGUUGUUUUUUUUUUUUCCUACUCUGCAGCUCAUUACAAUCCAGUCUUAUUCUAUUUCUGUUGAUUUCUACAAUGCAUGUGUUUUGCUGUCAUCCGGUUCCAUCUUCUAAGGUGUCUGGAAAAUCUGACUACUUUGUCAUCCUACUGAACAGCUGCCCCAUGAGGAUGGACAGGAGAGAGGGACUGGAUUUUCUAAAGCCAAUUUUGGAGAAGACACUUAUGAAAAGGUCCUUUCGCAAUGGAGUUGGCACAGGAAUGAGAAACACUUCCUUUCAAAGAGCAAAAUCAUGA